UUCACUUGAUUUAAUCAAGCGAAACCUUGCUAGUUGCAAUGGAUGUAUGCCAUCCGUGGGACCAAGACAAAUGUAUUAAUACAUACCAGAUACGUUAAACUGUCUUUUUUUACACACACCUGCGCGCGGAAGUCAGGUUGUUGUGAAAUGGAAUCACAGCAUUGCGCAAAAGAACCGGACCCUCACUUGUCCGUCCUUCGCCUCCUCACUUCUCCAUUGCGACUGAUAUGUGCAACUGUCUGGCGAGUCGUACAGGAGAAAGAUGUGUUGAACUAUGGAGUCGUGGAGGAAUUCAUAGCCUCAGUUGCAGAGGCCAUCCCGGAUUUAUUAAGUGAACGGCAGUGGGUUCAGCUCCUCCUUGGUCUACGAGCAAAGAUGGUCCUUGAGUCUUGCCGCUUUGAGAAUUCGGCUGACCCCAAAACCACUCAGGAUUACCUGGACAGAAUGCAGUUACCCACUCCGCCUUCGAUCAGAAGCUCAGAUAUGGACGCAUCUCAGUCCAGUUUCCGUGAAUUGUUGAACAUUCUGCUGAAUGAUGCAGAUUGGAAGGAUGUCUUCUUUCAGGAGGUGUUUCCAGAGUACGGGCCCAAGAUUGACCUCCAAUUGCAAAGGCUCAUCUCUACAUUUGUAUCCAGACUAGAGGAGCUUCUUCCCACAUCUCGCAUAGAGAAGGUUGCUGCCAUGCUGGCUGAGGUUCCAUCUGUGAUGGAGGAAUGCUUCCAAACCCUUUCACACCCACACAAAUUGCUGAGCUCCAUCAGCCAUCUCAAAAGUCAUGCAGACAUUGACUCAAGUGAAGACCAUAUUUACGGCCGACUACCACCAGCAGAACCUCCUGAAGAUGAUGACUGCAUCUUCUCCUUUCUUUCCCGACCUCCUCUUGUUCAAGUUGUGGCCAGUGGCGAAGAGAUUAAAGCUGGAUUGAGUUCCUCUCUUUUCCAAGAUGUUCUAAUUGAGUGCGAAGAAGUGAGCGAUUUGGCCAAUGAUGUCUACAUAGUGGAGGCCAAGUUUGAGACAAAAAUGAGAGAGGACAUGGUCAAAAUGGGUGGACAUCAGGAUGGUGGUGUUAACAGACACAUUGAUCAGCAACAGGAGCUGGUGCGUGGGAACACUACAAUUCCAGUGCCAAGGCAACUCAUUGUCAAGCUUGAUAGAAUCGACAUCACCGGUAUACCAUUGCCACCACCUUUGCCCACACAAAGUGGAAGACCUCGGACAAAAAGACUGAGUUUCCUCCGAGCUAAAAAUAUAUGGCAGAAGAUUGCACCGGUUGAUGAUGACGAGUCUGACCCAGACUUCACGUCUGACCUAGUGGCUCAGCACUCUGACGCAUUUGCAAAAAGAGGAAUAACAGAAGGUUGCAAGCCACCACCUGUGCUCUUUGCCUGCUCCAGGUGUUCUUUUCAAGCCAACACUGGAAUAGCUCUGGACCAACACCUUGUGAAGGAUCACCCAAAUGACUUCCAACAGCUUCAUUCAGCGCGUAAUCACCACAUAAGCCUUUCAGAACUCCAACCAAACCACAAGUCAUUUGCCUCAGUCCAACAAGCUGUGCCUGAAAGAAGGGGUGUGUUAAAGACGUGCACGUUUUGUCAACUGUGCUUCUCACAUGGUGAUCAAAUGAGGAAACACCUUAAGGAGCAGCACGCUGUAGAGAUAAAACCUCCUCACCGACCUCAAUCAAAUGUGAAUUACCCAAGAAAGCUGGUGUCAAAAACAUGUCGUAUUCCAGGGCAGGUGUCAAAAACAUGUCCAGUAUGUAGUAAGACUUUCACACGUGGAACUGUAAUGAGGGAACACCUGAAGAAGCAGCACUCUGUGAUCAGCAAGGAAAUUCUCCCCCCUCGGCCAACUCAGGAUAAUUUAUCUGUGGAUAACAAUACGGCAGGGACCGCAAGUCAUAAUGACCAAGUUAACAGAGAACUGGAAAGUAUUCCAGAACAGACAAGUAUUCCAGGGCUGGUGUCAAAAACAUGUCCAGUAUGUAAUAAGACCUUCACACGUGGUAAUGUAAUGAGAUUACACCUGAAGAAGCAGCACUCUGUGAUCAGCAAGGAAAUCCUCUCCCCUCAACCAAAUCGAGAUAAUCUAAGCGGGUCAGAAAUUCUCCCCCCUCGGCCAACUCAGGAUAAUUCAUCUGUGGAUAACAAUAUGGCAGGGACCGCAAGUCAUAAUGACCAAGUUAACAGAGAACUGGAAAGUAUUCCAAAACAGAGAAGUAUUCCAGGGCGGGUGUCAAAAACAUGUCCAGUAUGUAAUAAGACCUUCACACGUGGUAAUGUAAUGAGAUUACACCUGAAGAAGCAGCACUCUGUGAUCAGCAAGGAAAUCCUCUCCCCUCAACCAAAUCGAGAUAAUCUAAGCGGGUCAGAAAUUCUCCCCCCUCGGCCAACUCAGGAUAAUUCAUCUGUGGAUAACAAUAUGACAGGGACCGCAAGUCAUAAUGACCAAGUUAACAGAGAACUGGAAAGUAGUCCAGAACAGACAAGUAUUCCAGGGCUGGUGUCAAAAACGUGUCCAGUAUGUAAUAAGACUUUCACACGUGGUAAUGUAAUGAGGGAACACCUGAAGAAGCAGCACUCUGUGAUCAGCAAGGAAAUCCUCUCCGACACACAGGGAAUGAUGACCGAUGUGCUGGCUCCCAAGUGGAUUCUCAAGUGUGACGGCUGUAAAGAGCACUUCUCAACCCCUUCAAAUAUGAGGAGGCACCUGAGGGAACACUCAGCUUGUAGUUCAGUUAAAUUCAAGCCCCGUAGAAGAGAAGUUGUGCCAAUCACAUGUCCAGUAUGUGAAAUGACCUUCAAGAUGGAUCAUGCAUUGACACGACACCUGAAGACAUGGCACUCUGAGGUCUGUGACAAAGUUCUCUCCUCUUUAUCAAUUCAGGAUAAUUUAAGAGAGGUGGUGAAUUCAAAGACGUGCCCAAAGUGUAAAAAGACCUUUCCACAGGUUUACAUAAUGAGACGACACCUGGAGCACAAGCACUUUGUGGUCUGUGAGAGAAUCCUCUCCCCUCUAUCAAAUCAGGAUAGUCUACCUGUGGAAAACGAUGCACAAGGGCCUAUUGUUGCAAGCACUGCUGAGCUCCUAUCAAACCCUGCUGCUUGUGGAUCAGUGCAACAGUUACAGCCGAGUGGCUCAGAUGAGACGGAGCAGAUGGCGGUUAACCUAGGACGAAAGGACCUCAUUGGAAAGGAAAUGGAUAAACAUCCUGGUGACAACUUCCAGCAUCCAAAGGCUCUAGAAUUAGAAUACGCAAAGGAACACUCCACAAGUGGAAACACUGGCAUACAUCAACUUAAUCAGAAUGAUCCCACUGUGCUCCACUUUGAAUGCUCAAAGUGUGGUGAAAGAUUCUCUGUCUUGUCUGAGCUUGAAAAGCAUAAUCAAAACGCAUGCACAGAACUAACUGCUGUAAUUCAUGAAGUGGUUUCUCCCACUGACGACACACAGGGAGUGAUGACCGAUGUUGUGCUGGCUCCCAAGUGGAUUCUCAAGUGUGACGGCUGUAAAGAGGUAUUUCACACAGUCGGUGAGAUGGAGAAGCAUGUGAUUUGCCAUUGGGAGGGAAAGCCUUUGCGAUGCAGCCUUUGUGAGCGAUACUUCAAGAAUGGCUUGUCGUUAAAUAGUCAUACCGAAGUGCCCUCCAAGUGCACCAUCUGUGGGGGAACAUUUACUAACCUUUCCAGCUUAAGUUUGCACUACCUAGAAGCUCACAACAUCAAAGACUCCUACCCCUGCUCGGACUGCCAGAAGACCUUCCUCAAUGUUUGUCGCUUGGUGCUGCACUUGCAAGACCACACAGGAGAAUUCCCUUUCCAGUGCACUCGGUGUCUUAAGCGAUUCAAGCGGGCUACGUGUCUCGCUAGGCACCGACAAAUGAGCAGUUGCAACGUCAACUGGAGAAUAAUGGAAAGGAAAUUUUUGUGCCAUGUGUGCGGUAAAGGAUUUCACAUGUUAAGUUCCCUGAAGGUGCACGAGACGAUCCACCAGUCCACUCGCAACUUCAUAUGCUCCGAGUGUGGCAAGUGUUUCAAAGGAACUGUGAACUUGAAGGCGCACAUGAGAACACACGUGGAUGAUGCGGUACGACGGCAUCACUCUUGCUCUUACUGUGGUAAGAAGUUCCUACACGCUGCAGCUUUGGUGCGCCACCAUCGCAUUCACACUGGGGAGAGACCUUUCCCCUGCGCCAAAUGCAACAAGACCUUUAAGUCAGACACGGAGUUGCAAAAGCACAUGCGCUAUCACAACAACUACAGGCCAUUUCAAUGCCAAGUGUGCCGGAAAAGAUUUACUCAGACAAGCUGCUUGAAAUCGCACAUGCGCGCACACACUGGUGAGAGGCCGUAUGCUUGCUCGGUAUGUGACAAACGCUUUGCGUUGUCUUUUCAAAGGAAACGCCACAUGCUCAUCCAUACUGGAGAAAAGCCUUUUGUUUGUGAACAUUGUGGCAAAGCAUAUAACCAGAAAAACUGUUUAACUCUCCAUCUAAAAAAAUGUCCCCAAAUCAUCUUGUAGAUGUAUUAGACCAUAACACUGAAAUGAUCCCUGGCAUCUGUCCUUGUUUUGAUUACUUUCUCUGAAGUAAAUAAAUUACAAACACCACCAA